AGGCUCACCUCUAAAGAGAGGACGCAGGCCCGAGGCAGGGUGCUCCCUCAGGACGUAGGGCGCGGCCCUAGGGGCCAGGCGAUGCCACCCCAGCGGCGCCAAGGGCUGGAGGCGCAGUCCCUCCCCAGGAGGGGAGGCAAGUCGCUCCGGGUAUCUCAGCCAGAAGGUCGAGGGAACAGCGCAUGUGUCCCUGCCAGCCGGCCCUCUGGGAACAAGGCGGGGGAGACACCCCAGGGAGUAGGACGGAGGGCUGCAAAGAUCAAUCCUGGGUUAGCACUCUACGUAUAUGAAUAUCUGCUCCAUGUAGGAGCUCAGAAAUCGGCUCAAACAUUUUUAUCAGAGAUAAGAUGGGAAAAAAACAUCACAUUGGGAGAACCACCAGGAUUCUUACAUUCUUGGUGGUGUGUAUUUUGGGAUCUCUACUGUGCAGCUCCAGAAAGACGGGAAACAUGUGAACAUUCAAGUGAAGCAAAAGCCUUCCAUGAUUAUAGCGCUGCAGCAGCUCCCAGCCCAGUGCUAGGAAACAUUCCCCCAGGAGAUGGCAUGCCAGUAGGUCCUGUACCACCAGGGUUCUUUCAGCCUUUUAUGUCACCUCGGUACCCUGGAGGUCCAAGGCCCCCACUGAGGAUACCUAACCAGGCACUUGGAGGUGUCCCAGGAAGUCAGCCAUUACUUCCCAGUGGAAUGGACCCAACUCGACAACAAGGGCAUCCAAAUAUGGGUGGGCCAAUGCAGAGAAUGACUCCUCCAAGAGGAAUGGUGCCCUUAGGACCACAGUCUGACCCUUGGUUAUCAUUACAGAACUAUGGAGGUGCAAUGAGACCCCCACUGAAUGCUUUAGGUGGCCCUGGAAUGCCUGGAAUGAACAUGGGUCCAGGUGGUGGUAGACCUUGGCCAAACCCAACAAAUGCCAACUCGAUACCAUACUCCUCAGCAUCUCCUGGGAAUUAUGUAGGUCCUCCAGGAGGUGGAGGGCCACCAGGAACACCCAUCAUGCCUAGUCCUGCAGAUUCAACCAACUCUGGAGACAACAUGUAUACUUUAAUGAAUGCAGUACCUCCUGGACCUAACAGGCCUAAUUUUCCAAUGGGCCCUGGGUCAGAUGGUCCCAUGGGUGGAUUAGGAGGAAUGGAGUCACAUCACAUGAAUGGCUCUUUGGGCUCAGGAGAUAUGGACAGUAUUUCCAAGAAUUCUCCCAAUAACAUGAGCCUGAGUAAUCAACCGGGCACUCCAAGGGAUGAUGGCGAAAUGGGGGGAAAUUUCUUAAAUCCUUUUCAGAGUGAGAGUUACUCCCCUAGCAUGACAAUGAGUGUGUGAUCCAUUACCAAGUCUCCUCAUGAAAACCAGUGAGUCAGCCCUUCCAGAACUACUACAGAAGAAAAUUACUCAUCACAGUGUACAGCUAAACAAAGGAAUCUCAGUCACACCAAACCAACCUUUUGAUUCCCUGCUCUCUCCCCAAUUUUGUGAAGAAAGCGGGUCCAAACGUGAUUCAAACAACUGUACAGAGUGGCAUAUUAGAAUUGCCCUAAACUGAACUGCAAAUAAUUAUCUGUGUAUGUAUAUGUGUGGGAAAAAGAAUGUACUGUAUAUGUGUAUGUUAUAUGGACAUAUACACAUACAUACAUUGACCCACAGGACAUUGUAAAAUAUUAUCACAUGACAUCUUAAGUAGAAAUAAGUAGGGACUUUUAUUCCAUCCUUUUUUUCACGUUUACAUUUUAAUUAUUAAAAGUUGCUCCUGCCCCUCCCUGAACUAUUUUGUGCUGUGUAUAUCACUGCUUUAUAUAAGUUAUUUUUUAAGGUGAACUCAGAUGUUAUGGUUUUGUAAAUGUCUGCAAUCAUGGAUAGGAAUAAAAUUGCUUAUUUGAGAGCUUUCAUUAAAUUGCGUCUGAUGCAAGUUAUCCUGUGAA